ACUUCCUGCACGGCCCGGUGAAGGCCCUGCCGGGCGGCGGCGGCGGUAGCAACAGCGUGCGAGUUAUGGUCGCGCUGGAGAACCCCGAGUGCGGCCCGGAGGCGGCGGAGGGCACCGCGGGCGGGCGGCGGCUGCUGCCCCUUCCCGGCUGCCUGCCCGCCCUAGCCAGCUCCCAGGUGAAGAGACUCUCGGCUUCCAGGCGGAAACAGCACUUCAUCAACCAGGCAGUGCGGAACUCAGACCUCGUGCCCAAGGCCAAGGGCCGGAAGAGCCUCCAGCGCCUGGAGAACACCCAGUACCUCCUGACCCUGCUGGAGACAGACGGGGGCCCACCUGGCCUGGACGAUGGGGACUUGGCGCCCCCUGCAUCACCGGGCAUCUUUGCCGAGGCCUGCAGCAAUGCCACCUACGUGGAGGUAUGGAACGAUUUCAUGAACCGCUCCGGGGAGGAGCAGGAGCGGGUUCUUCGCUACCUGGAGGAUGAGGGCAGGAGCAAGACGCGGAGGAGAGGCCCUGGCCGUGGGGAGGACCGCAGGAGAGAGGACCCCGCCUAUACGCCCCGUGAGUGCUUCCAGCGCAUCAGCCGACGUCUGCGAGCCGUCCUCAAGCGCAGCCGCAUCCCCAUGGAAACGCUGGAGACCUGGGAGGAGCGGCUGCUUCGGUUCUUCUCCGUGUCCCCCCAGGCCGUGUACACAGCCAUGCUGGACAACAGCUUUGAGAGGCUCCUGCUGCACGCCGUCUGCCAGUACAUGGACCUCAUCUCGGCCAGUAAGCGCCAGUGGCCCCCAAGACCUCAAGUUGGCCAGCAGCUCAACCUGGGAAGGUGCCGACCUGGAGGGGAAGCGUCAGAUGAAGGUCAGUAAUCGGCACCUGGAUUUCCUGCCUCCAGGGCUGCUCCUGUCGGCCUACCUGGAGCAGCACAGCUGAUGGUGGCCCCAUGGAGACCGCGCUGCCGCCUCGCCCAGCCACCAAGCCCUCCGAUACCUUCGGCUAAAAUAUCUUUCAUAUUUUUAGAAUGGGUCCUUGGAAACCUUUUCUGCUUGGGGUGGUCUCUCUCACUCUGCCCCCUCCUCAUGCAGCUCUUGGCAGUCAACAGACGCUGGCGGCUGGGGCUGCCCAUGCCAUCCCAGCUCCAAGCUUCCCGUUCCGGGACUUGUAUUUGGGUGGAGAGACCUGAUCUGGGCAUGUUCCUGUUUCUUCAUCGUUUAGCUUUUCUGGCCCAGUCUGAAGCUCAAGUGAGGAUGGGGAGCCUGGGUUUUUAUCACUUUUAAUGAAUUUGGUGUGAUUUGUUGUAGAUUUUUAAAUUUCCCCUUUGGAGAGAAAAACCAAAAAAACUCGCCCCGCUGGUAAAGCGUGGGUCUUGGUCCAAGCCCCUGCUCAGCCCUCCCAGUUUUUAGCUUGAAUGAGGGUGGGGUCUCUGGGACCCUGCCCCUCAUGCCAGUAGCAUCUUGUGUUGUGUGUGUGUGUGCGCGCACGUAUGCCCUGAGACCCAGGACAGAAGCUGCAGUCCUAAGAGCUGGUUUUAUCCUCGUCAUUCUGCGUGCCCUCCCCCACACCACCUGUGUCAGGGCUCAAGGUUGCCUGCUUUAUACGAGCCCCCUCCUUUCCUCCCCUCCUUCAUACUGGGGGUCCAGGACUUCCAGCCAGAAGCCUCUGCCCUUGCACUACUUUGUCAGUCCCCCCAUCCCCUGUCCCCCUGUCCCACAGCCUGGCACCUGCCUGAUAGCUCCUGUGUCCCCAUGCUGGUCCUCCUGGCCCAGGCUGCAGGAGCCAGGAUGGGGAGGCCUCCUACCCCCUCGCUGCGUGUGGGUAAUUGUGUUUUGGGGGAAAGUGGGGAAUUUAAUAAAUUUCUGGUGCUCUGGC